AUGGACAAUACCUUAGACGUUGUUGUUGAAUUUUCAGGAGGACUUGAAACUUUAUUUGGCCACCAACGUGUUCACCAUAUUAGUCUAUCCUUAGCCGAUCCUGCGCUUAAUGGUUCUUCUCCAACUAUUGCUUAUUUGAUACAUUUUUUAUCUCAAAAUCUCAUGCAAGAUUCCCGAAAGGACUUAUUUACCAAAGAUAAUACUGUACGUCCUGGCAUUCUUGUUCUUAUUAAUAAUGAAGACUGGGAGUUAAAUAAUCAAACACAAUAUAUUAUUCAACCCAAAGAUCAAAUUACAUUUAUUAGCACAUUACAUGGUGGUUAA